UGUCUUGAGAAUGACAUCACUGGAUUGCUCAUCCCCGCGCACAUAUACUCAUUUGACUGAUAGUGUUUGAGGCUGACGGGAUUAAAUAAAUCGCAGCUGAUAACGAGACAGGUUUAAAUGAAUAAUUUAUGAGAUUCACAUGAGCUAGCUGGCACACAUAAAUGUUCCAUACUUGUUACGGCUUGACGUAUGUUUGUAUUCAGAUAUCAGAAGGGUUAAGAUGAAGGCUCGUUGCACCUGAACAGCAAAUGAUUUAAGAGCAGUUGGUCAUGGUUUAGCAUUUAGCGUACUUAAAUGUUCAUUUCUAAGAAAACACGCGCACACAGGGAAGGUUAAUCUAUCAGCAGGUAAACGCGAGCUACUUCGCCACCGAAAAUAAUCAGCAUAAUAUUGAACGUUUGUGUACUUCUCGUGCCGCUGUCGAAGGGCAGUUUCGUGGAUGUUGCUCACACACUCUAUUCCGUCUUAUCGUCAAUUAGUGGGAAAUUGGUAGAGAUUCAAUUUUACCAGAUUGCUCCCAAACCGGUUUGGUGAAUAUUUCUGCGCUCUCUGUUCUCAUAAUUGGACGGUUAUUUUGAUUUCAUGAAAAAAGCAAUCCAUCGUACGAUGUCGCGCCAUGGCACGGUCCAUUUCCUCCUUCCACCCAAGCUUCUAGUGGCUGAUAAAACUAAACAAAUCGCACACACAACGAUCAGUCAACAAAAAGGUGACGCAGUUCGGUGUUCACAACCUCCCCCGGUAUGUGACCACCACACCAACAGUAUUGCUUUUGGUAGCCGGUUCGAGGGAUCACGGUCUCGUGUCUCGGUCUCGGAGGUCAAUGUGUAUGAGUGAUGUAAAACACUUCCUAAUCAGCCGUCGAAAAUCACCCGAGAGAGGCGGAGAAUAUUGGCAUUUCCGUGUUAAUUAACGUACCACGCUUGGACAAUAAUACACUCAUGUGAUAAUAGAAUCAAUUAGUAAUGCGACCUUGAAAGAACGAUAAUUUUGGCUCAGCGCAAUUUGGACUCAGAAUUCUUCGGCGAACUAGUCAUCGGUGGACGGGAUAUAUCGGAGGUUAUCUGAUACAGAUGUAUUGUCGUUUGUGGAAACAGCGUGUGGGGGCGAUAACCUUUUCACUUGAACCUGCGAAAGACCACUGCUAAAAACGACGACGAGGAGUGAUCGGCAGGGAGAGAGAGUGUGAAGGGAGCACGAAUGAUGCUGCUUUGCCCCAUCGCCGCUUCGGACACAUUCAUUUGUCGCAGUAGAACUACAACAACCACAGUAUCAGUGAGCCUUCAUCUUAUAGUGUGUGGAAAAGACAAAUUACAAUCACAACAACAACAACAUUGCCACCAUCAUCCAAUAACUGCUGCCCAUCAUUAUCAUUGGCGCCAGUGAGGAGCACGUGGAGAAGGAUUCCUGACGAUGCGCUGAGAGUGGGCCUUCAAAAACACAAGGCACAAGGAAUUUGGCGACUCGUGGCGACUAGGACAAAUCAAGCAACAGUCUGCAGUCAUUCACCUUUUUCGGUCUGACGGUGGGUUGGUUCACGACCUUUUGUAAGGAAACGAGCUUACGGACCGUUUUCAUCUGCAUAUUUUUAGACGUCAGCGAUGCCCUCUUGCGGUGGAUUAGUCUGUGACGUUAUUAAAUAUCCCAGGGCACUGUUCCGGACGGUAUUUGUGAUAGUGAACAACAUAUACUGUGUGCCGACUUAUUUGAUAUGGAUGUUUCUGUUGCUUCCGCUAAAGAAAAUCCACGAGAAGUACUACUAUAGGAUCGAAGGGGUUCUGUUUCACUGGCUGUUGGCGAACGUUACGAUGUGGUCGGCUACGGCCGGAUAUGAUUUGGUGGAAUUGGGAGACGAUAUCACACCGGCUUUGGAUCAGCGAACGCUGAUAAUUGCCAACCAUCAAAGUACAUCGGAUGUUCCGCUCUUGAUGGCAGCCUUUAAUGUAAAAAAGGGUGUCUUACCUAACAUUAUGUGGAUCAUGGAUCGGCUGUUUAAGUAUACGAACUUCGGAGCCGUUAGUUUGAUCCAUCAAGAUUUUUUCAUUGCUUCGGGUAAAUCAAACAGAGAAAAGUCUCUGCUGGAGCUCAAGACACAUCUUAGAAAAUCGUACAUUCCACGUGAGCGAAAGUGGAUGGUGCUCUUCCCGGAAGGAGGCUUUUUGCGGAAGAGGAAGGAAGUGAGCCAAAGAUUUGCAGAGAAAAAUAACCUACCAGUAUUAAACAAUGUCACCGUGCCGCGCGUUGGUGCCAUGAAAGCGAUCAUCGAUGUGCUCGGUUCUCCGGAUUCGCCCUGUCGGGAGAAUGAUGUCGAGCUGAGCGCAACAGCCGUUGCGACCGUUACCGAUGAAUACAAUCGGGCGACAGCGAUGACGACGCAAGAUCAGCAACAGCAGCAGCAGCAGCCACAGGGGCAGCAACUGAAGCAGAAUGAUGUCAUCAAUAAUAGUAGCACCGUAGUCAAUAGCGAAGCAAUAAGUAACGAUGACUGUGAUAAUUUUAAGGAUUCACCACUCACUAAGCUGAACGGGAAGUUGAACGACUGUUUAGAGUACAUUCUGGACAUUACCAUCGGGUAUCCCAAUGGGAAGCCACUAGAUUUACCAAAUAUUGUGCACGGCCUUAGGAAUCCAUGCCAGACUUAUUUAUUCUAUAGGUUAUACCGUAGUUCAGAGGUUCCCCGAGACAGCGAAUCUCUCACGCAGUGGUUGUACGAUCGAUUCACCGAGAAGGAGAAACUGCUGAACGAGUUCUACCGCACCGGAAAGUUCCCCUGUGGCUCGGCUUCCGUGCUGCCGACCGUGGUGCAGCAGGACUUGCUACGAUUCCUGCUCAUCCAUUUGUUCUUUAUUACCUCCACCUAUGUCCACUACCAGCUGAUACUGAUGCUUAUCAACUAUUCGAACGUCAUGUACGUAUACUUGCUUAGCGACAGCUAAACACAUGCCACGAAACGUGAGUGUGUCUAUGGGCAGUGUAAAGAUUGUAACAACAGGAAAACAAUGAGACUAACGCGUUAGGAUUUAUCGGUCGCAAAAAAAACAAAUGCAAAUGGCACAAAUUCUUGAGUGUGAAAUGGUUUGCACAAAAGUCAGAAAAAAUCUCAACUGCAGAAAAUUCAAUGCGAACACAGGGAACACUGCGCAAACAAAAUAAUGGCAGCGAAAUUGUCGACUAAUAUUGUGUUUUAACAUCCUCCUAGGAAAACCCUCCAUUUAAUAUAUAUAUCAGACAAAUUUUCUCAACCAAACCAAAAGAAAACAUUUGUUUCCAUACAAGUAAGUGUGUGUGUGAAGGCUACAAUCGUUUUAAUUUUGUUGGCCACGUGGCCGCGAAGGCUCUAUUACCCCAAUAAACAAGUCAAACGCAGAAUCAAUCCCAAUACGGAGCGUCAAGUGCUUCAACAAGUCGGAUAAUAAUGAUAACAAAAAAGAUUGAGGUGAAUAAUAAAGAAUACAAUGCAUUGUUUCUAGUGUAUUGAUAGGAUUUAAGAUAAGUGAAGAAGAAAAAAAAAACAAAAUGAUAAAAACCGAGAACAUUAGCUGGUUGCUAGUUUAUAAGGAUACAUUUUACAAUUCGCUGUACUGUUGUAAACAGGGUUCAAAUGCUGAUGUUUGUUUUUGUUUUUAAUUAAUUGUGAAUACAUUUUAAAUAAUUUAUCUUUUAUUGCUACAAUCGGAUCGAUUUAAAACAAACAAGCAGUUACACAAAGAUUGUUUAGAAGAUAUAAUACAAGGAAAGCUGAUCGGCAAGGACUCGUUUUGUUUGUGAAAAGAGUUUUCAGAAACAAUAAAUAAAAACGGGGUCGAAUUUCUUCGCACAAUGCUGGAAUAUGUAAGGCACAAAACCGAAAGCAGCUACGCCUCCCCCGCAUGUCAGGUGUUAAUAGCAGGAAUGCGUUUCCUAGUCCCACUUUUGCGAUUAGGUUUACUCUUUUGCAAGUUAUUAGAACAAAAAAAAACACGAGAAGAGUACCAAGUAACACAUGUUCCUUUUAAUUUGCUUUAAGAAAGAGGAAUCAAAUGCGAGAAAUAAAAUGUCUUUUCAUCGUGGCAUUA